AUGGCCCUUGCUGGCCUCUCCGCUCUCACUGAGGCUUCCCCUCUUCUCCCCCGCGCUGGAGGCAAGCGUGGUAUUGCCUUUCCCAAGCAGCACAAUGGCGUUUCCGGCUCCCAGUGGGCUCGCAUGAUGGCCCAGUCCUCCAAGAUCUUCUGGAUGUAUGACUGGGAAGCCGUCAUCGACGGCGAUGCUCCCGACCUAGAAUACGUUCCUCUGCUCCACUCCAACCAGGAAUGGUGCGCCUCAACCUGGGCCAACAACGUUGCCAACGCCCGCAAGAACUACAAGGUCUCCCACAUCCUCAGCUUCAACGAGCCCGACCAGGUCGGUGGAGGAGGCUCCAACAUGGACGUUGGCACUGCCGUCGACACCCACCGCAAGCUCAUCCAGCCCCUUGCCAACGAGGGUCUCCGCAUUGGCUCCCCCGCUGUUACCAACGGCAACGAGCCCGGCAAGGGCAUCAACUGGCUCAAGUCCUUCAUGGACGGCUGCAGCGACUGCCAGAUCGACUUCGUCGUCACUCACUACUACGCCUGGGCCAAGCCCCAAGACUUCAAGGACUACCUCAACAAGUUCCACGAUACCUUCAACAAGCCCGUCUGGGUCACUGAGUUUGGUGUCACCGAGGGCAACGCCGACGAGUUCCUCAAGGACGUCCUUCCCUGGCUCGAUGCCCAGCCUUGGAUCGAGCGCUACGCUUACCACAUGGCUGCCCCCAGCGACGGUAACCAGUUCCUCAUCAGUGCCGAUGGUGGCAGCCUCUCCCCUGCUGGACAAGUCUACGCCUCUGCUUAA